AUGUCUUCUGAUUCAAUCACUACCAGAGCAUAUGUUGAGGAGCUAGAGAAACGCGUUCAAGAUAUGGAAAUGCAAUUGCAAGACCGAACCCUAGAUGCGCCAAGGCCAGAAUUCGUAUCAGAAAACAAGAGGAACUCUCCUGUCCCAUCUGCGGCAGCAGCUGGCACCAGUGACAGCGCUAAUUGUGAACCUAACGCUAUAGAGAGUCAGCCUUAUCUUACAUCACCUUCUAGGACCCAGCUGGAGGAAAGUAAUGCUCAGCCAAGUGCGGACGGUGAAGCUAACCAGGCUCCCUACGUCAUCAAUGCCGAGGGAGCAAAGAUGCGAUUUUUCGGAGCAUCUUCUGGUUUCUCAUUACCUUCACCCCAAGCCCUAAAUGCGCUAGAGGGCGAAAAACGAUCUGGAGCGUGGAUGACACCUAGUCAAAAAACAGCCUCUAGGUGGCAAUUGUCCAGUUGGUAUCCUCGCAUUCUGCAAGGCGAUCCUGGGCAGCGCGCUUUCCAGCAAUUACCUCCCAAGCCGAUCACACUCCAGCUCGUAAGCGAAUACUUUGGUGGCUUCAAUAGAGCGAUCCCACUGUUUGAUGAGGCUACGUUUACGAGAUUGGUGGAUAAGCAGUUUGGUUGGAACCCUGAUGAAAGCCCCUCGUGGUGGGCAUCCCUGAAUGUUGUGCUUGCAUCUGCGUACAGGGAAAGGGCACAGAAGCUACCUGAUGGAAGUGAGGAGUGGCAGAAGUCAAUGGGACACAUCCGGAAUGCUCUAAACGUGAUUGUAGAAUUUUUCAUGCGUGCUGCGGACUUACUUGCUGUCCAAGCAAUGUUGGGGCUUGCGCUCCUCUUCCAAAAUACACCGAAUCCUCAGCCGCUCUUCAUGUUCGCUGCAGCGGCAAUGCGGCUUUCACAAUCCGUUGGGCUACAUCGCAAUCAGACAUUGGGACUAUCUCCAUCGCAGAUUGAGGAGCGGCGGAGAACGUUCUGGAUCGCAUUCCUCCUAGACGCGGAAAUCUCUCAUCGAACCGGGCGGCCACCGGUCCAGGACGUGAACGAUUUCGAUACCCCUCUACCUUCCAAUAAGCCCCAAGACGGACUAGGAAUUGUACCUGUCCGUGGUGCCCAUCUUGACUACUUCCACUUGUUGUCACGAUUUUCGUUAAUCCAACGACACAUAUACGACCGUCUUUAUACCACCAGCAUCAAGACAAAGACCGCCCAAGAUCUUAUCCGACAGUUGAAGACUAGUGAGGAUGACCUUCUCGAAUGGCGGACCUCUUUUGGAAAGCAGUACGAUUCCCAAAUGUCGUUCUCUAAUACGUCUGAUUAUCAUCUUCAGCAUGUCCUAAGAUUGGACUUCACCUAUCAUUGCUGUUAUGCCAAGCUUUACCAACUCUGCAUUCACGCUCGACGAUCAAUGGCUCGACCUGCACAGGACUUAGAAGAUUUCGCAGCUUUGGAUAAGGAGGUAGAUGAUAUGCUUGUGAGGUCUCUGGAAUGUGCAAGGUCUGCAGUUCAACUCAUAAAACAUAUUAGUGUAUUUGGGUCCUGCUUCGCAUGGGGCGUCAUUUACUUCCCUGCUGCUGCAUCAAUGACCUUGUUGUCGAACUUACUAACGAGUACCGCUCAUCAACAUUCCGUGACUGAUCUCGCCAUGGCUCAAGAAACAAUAGACUUGCUUUCGAAAUUAUCAUCUGAAGAGCCAGGCACAUAUGUUGAUUACAUACUCGAACUGUGCACCGAGCUAAAAAGUGCAGCCAAGAAGGCCAUAAGUCGAGCCGAGCAAAACACCUCCCAGCAAUCGAUCGGACAUAUCAACAACAAUCAACCUUCUAGAAACGAGACCGGGGAGCCGGUAAGUGGAUUUUCGGUGCUGGCUGAUCCCGGUUUAGUUGCACCUCUAGCCGGAGAUGCGGAUCCUGCCGGAAAUAGUGCUAUGUUACAAAACUAUGACAUGCCCUCGGUUGAUCCAACCUUUGACUUGGCCAUGAAUUUUCAAUGGCCUAUUGCUCCUUUCUGGAAUUGGGGCGACGUGGUGCCUAGCACAUCUGAUGAGGGUAUAGGCAAUGGGCGAUUCUUAUAG